AUGGCAAGUCCAGAUAAAAGUAAACGGAAGAUAUUAAAAGCCAAAAAAACAAUGCCUACAAGUUGCCGGAAGCAAGCAGAGAUGCUUAAUAAGUCAAAGAAUGUUGAAGCACUGAAAAUAACAGCGAUUGGGAGUAAUGUUCCAUAUAGUAAUCAGAAUUUAAGUACUGGUGUCAUAACUAGCAAAUGUAGACAUUCUGAAAACAUUGCUUCUUCAUUGGACUCUAACAAAAAUUCAGUAUUCCUACAGAAAAAUAAAAUAUUCCCUCAGAAUUUAAUAAAACCAGUAGAAGAAAUUGUGAAUUCAGAGACAAGAUUGGACUAUGUUGCUGAACAAGUUGUGUGUCCAAGCAAAAUAAUAGAUUCUCCCAGCAAACUCUUUAUACAAGAGGCAAAAGUUUCACAAAACACUUCUGAAAAUCAUUUUGAAUAUCAGGCAAAUGUAACAAGAUCCUUUUUUGAACAUGAAGGGGCUUGUAAUCUAAACUCCAUUUGCUCUCAACCUAGUAUAUUGAGUGAUAUAAUUCAAAUGCUAAAGUCUACAGGAACCAAUACCUUGGAUGAUAAGAGAAUUGACAAGAUGGCUUCUCAUUUAGAAACAAAUUCCAAUUCAGAGUCACAUGAUAAAAGGCAAAAUGACAAUAUUUUAAGUUCCUACUCAAAUUUUAUGCCUGAUGAGAAAACACCCAUCUUGGUGAAUUCGAUCAAUUCCAACACCUGUGCUGCUGAUGUUUUGAAAAAUGAAGACUCUAGUAGAACCUGUCAUUCCAGCAUUUCAAAUUGUGAAAGUACAGACUCAAAGGGGCAGUCAUCACCUGAUGGUGAUAACAACAGCCAUUAUCAAAAGAAGAGGAUGUUUUCAGAAAACAAAGAAAAUGUUAAGCGCAUGAAAACAGAGCAAAUUAAUGAAAAUAUUUGUGUAGCUCUGGAAAGGCAAACAGCAUUGCUGGAACAGGUCAGACAUUUGAUUCGACAGGAGAUCUGUAGUAUAAAUUACAAACUAUUUGAUAAUAAACUGAAAGAAUUGAAGGAACGCAUUGGGAAGACACAGUGCAGGAAUAAACAUGAAGCAAUAGCUGAAGAACUCUUCGCAAAAAUAGCAAAACUUCAAAGACGUAUUAAAACAGUAAUAUUAUCUCAAAGGAAUUGUUUGGAACCAAACAUGUUAUCCAGUAAUACAACCUGUGAGGUUGUAACUUCAGAAACUGUGAUUUUGAAUAAGAAUCCAAAGUCAGUUAAUAGUCCAGUUGAAAGAAUGACUUCUGUGAACUCUGAACCUUCAGAAAAAGCAAGUGAAAAGAUUAAUUUGUUACUGGAUCAGGAUGAGUCUGUUUCUGAAAGUAACAAUGAUGAUGUUAUGUUGAUUUCUGUGGAAAGUCCUAAUUUGACAACUCCAAUUACAUCAGAUCCAACAGAUAUUAGAAAAAUUAUAUCGGGAAAUUCCAGUGAUCCACCUAAUGCUGAAACUGAAGCUGUACAGAAGAAACUUGCUUCUGUAAUUGAUUUGACAAGGGAAGACCUAUCUAACUAUAACACAGAACAUCCAGUAUGCACCCUGGAGUCACCUUCAAAAGCUGUUUUAAACUUAAAAGAAACAACCCUAGCUGCACAAAAUGCAGCCCAGGUUCUUGAAUCCUUUGAGCACCUGCCACCUCUCCCAGAACCACCACCACUACUGCCUGAACUCGUGGACAAAAUCCGAGACACGCUUCCUCCUCAGAAGCCUGAGCUCAAAGUGAAACGGGUUUUGAGACCCAGGGGCAUUGCCCUGACUUGGAACAUCACCAAAAUCAAUCCCAAGUGUGCUCCUGUGGAAAGCUACCACCUCUUCCUGUGUCAUGAGAUCCCUGAUAAUAAGCCGAUUUGGAAGAAAAUUGGAGAAAUUAAAGCUUUACCACUCCCAAUGGCAUGUACUUUAUCUCAAUUUUUAGCUUCCAACAAAUACUACUUUACUGUCCAGUCAAAAGACAUUUUUGGGCGGUAUGGGCCAUUUUGUGAUAUAAAAUCUAUCCCUGGGUUUUCUGAAAAUCUUACCUAA